AUGCAUUCGUUCCAGCAAGCGACUUUUAACGUCCGUACUCUAUGUCAAAUUGACAAACAGGCAAUGCUUGCUGAAACCUUGUACUCCCGUAAAUUGAUGCAUGCUGUGUCUCCGAAACAUGCAUACAAGACCCGAGCGUGGUGUCUGACUUAUAAACUUAAUUACGUUGAUCGCUUCACUUCUCUUGGCAGCUGCAUAAGCCCUGACUGUACAGUCAGAAGCACAGCACACAUAAUCAAGACACGUGCGGUAUUCACCAAGCUGCACCAUUCUUGGAGUCAACUGCGCACGGCAUGCACAGUGUUACUUCGCUGGCAAGUUAUCAUCACCAUCAUCAUCACCAUCAUCGACAGCAUGACAUCAGUGACCAACACUGAUGCUUCACUGUCAUACAACCGUGAUUUGUUGGAAAGCCUUAUCAUGAAGAAAAGAAUAAAGUCAAGGGUUGGCCACCUCUCUGCCUCCGCCACUCUGAAUUUGGCAUGGAAAACAGCACUCUUUUCGGCAAAUGAUGGUUCGGCAUACGCAACACAUGUCCCAACCAACGCAACUUCUGGUGCUGGACACAUUCUUCAAUGGAAGUACCCGUUGCACAACCGAAAACGCCCUUCUAACUGCCGCGUUACGGAUUCGCCGACACCAAUCCACACGGCCUAUGGUCCUGAGACAACGAUUGUCGAACACCUGAAGACGUCUCAGUUCCGCUGCUCGAACAGGCCAAGUCUCACAGCUAUACAACCAAACAGCCCGCACUCAAACGAAUCGACCUCAUCGGUCACAGUACAAUCAAAACUAAUAAAACCUCCAAUAUACAUAAAACGUUCCACAACUUCCAGUGCCUCUCCCUGGAUUGUAAGUGGCGCGUUUGGUAACCGCACGUCCACGAGCACGACCUUACACUUUUUGGAUGCAAAGUGCACACCAAAGGACGGGAUGACUUUGGUCAGUUCAUCCAAGAAUACUUGCACCUUCUCCUCCUCUUUGAAGAUGAGAACGAUGUCGUCUGCGUACUCCAGAUCGACAAGGUCUUCUUCACAGACUAUUUGA